AAAAACACUUGAAAAAUGAAGACUCCACAUUCAUUAGGGAAAUUGUGCAGUGUCUUGAAGAUAUUAUUGCUGCUAUUAAGAAAUUGGAAGAAAUUCGAAGGCACACCCUUGAAAGCUUAGAAGAGGAGACUAUAAAAGCCAGCAAUCUUCGCUUCAGAAUUCAGAAAUUUCCAGGAGAGAUUGCUGCAGAGAUGACAGCUCUUGUUACUGCUGCACGUGAAUCUAAUGCUGCUGAGAUCCAUCAGCUGCAGUCUGCAUUGAAAAGCAUUGCUGAUGAAAUUGGACUACUGGAGGCAAAGCAAACCCUUUGUGAAAGACAGAAUGCUGCACUGUGUGAGGAACGAGAAUACUUGCAGACACAGUAUAAAAAAAGAGAAGAUUUGCUGAACGAAAGGAUGACAACCAAAGUUAACACAUAUGUUCUCUUAAAUGAAACUUGUGAUAAAAUAAGAGAUGCAGAAGGAGAAAUAAUCAGGGCAAAGGCAGCAUUAGCAGAAUUGAAAGAAAAAAGAGCUGAAAAACUGAGUAAACUUGAGAAAGAGAAAGAAGAAUGUGAUAAAAAGAAGAGAGAAAUGAAAAAUCUGCUUGAUAGUCAGGAGGCAAAAACUUCCCAGAAAAAGCAUGAAUUUGAAAACUUGAAUGUAAAGUUUUUGGACCUGCAGCAUUUGAUAAAUCUGACUUCAACAGCUAUAUUUAAUGAGGAAGUUCUCACAGAAAAAAUGAAGGAAAAAAGCAAGCAACUGGAAAAAAAAGUUGAAUUAAAAAAGACAGACAUGCAGACAUCCUCCAAAAAGAAGAUUCAGCCUGAAUCUGAGUUACUGCUUUUAGAAUCAAAAAUCACCCAAGAAGAGGAGGAUUUCGAUUCAGAAAUAGAAAAGACUAAUGAAGAUCUAAGCAAUGCUAAAUGCCUCAAUAAAAAACUUGAAUUAAAAAAUAAAGCCAUGAACCAAAAGUAUGAACAAGCACUGGAAGAAGAACAACACUGGGCUGCAAAAAGGGUUAAGAUGGAGGCGAAAUUGAAGAAUUUAUCUGCUUUGUUGCAUGAAAAGCUGGAAUUUCUGGCAAACCUUAAGAUGGAAAAGAAAAACUUAGAGAAAGAAAUCAGCAAUCUUGAAGACAGCCUACAAAAUAUGAAGGACAGCUGGGCAGAAGAGCUGGUGUCUCUUAUGCAAGAUUUGAAGACAGAAAGUAAGACGAGAGUAGUGCUUCAGUGGAAGCUACUGUACUUAGCAAUGCAGAGAAAACUCUUUUUCUCAGAGGAGGAGAAGAUAAACAGAAAAGUUAAUGAGAGAAUAGAUGCUCACCAAAAAAGGCAUUCUGAACUACUUGUGGAGAUUGAAGACCUUGAGAAAGAGCUUUUGCAGUCUGAAAAGCAAAUCAAAGCCCUGAGUGAAGAAGCAAGUAAGAGGGAAAAUGAUUACAGGACUUAUAAUGAGGGGUUUACUAACAAAAUAAAAUGUCUGGAGAAUGACAUCGAAACUGCAACUGUAAAUCUGCUUGAAAAAGAACAAGAAUUAAACACAAGCAGGCUAACCUUGGAAGAAGCCCAGAGAGAAACAGAACAGAAGUAUACAAAAUACGAAGAACUGAAUAAAUCGUUUUUAAAAAAGAAAGAUGAGGAGGUCCUAGUCAAAAGAGCCGUUCAGCAGUCCAUCAAAACUACUGGGAAGCUCCGGGAGGACACGCUGGAGCUGAGGAACAAAUUGUGGAUCAAGCGUGGUGCUGCAGCUGAACAGCUGAAAAACCAUACAGAGAGUAUGAAACUGCUGGAACGAGACAUCUAUGAGAUCAACAGGAAACUCGACAUUGUGAACACCCACAACUGCAGACUCAGAUUAUGCAAUGCACAGGUAAAAGAAGAUAUUUUUGCUAUGAAUUCUGAAGCAGAAAACCACAAGUCAGCAACAGUCAAAAUCCUGCAUGACCUGGCACUGCUUCAUGAUCAUAUUCUGGAGGGAUGGUCAGAGGACAGCUUUAUUCAAAAGGAAUUUCUGGAAUAUCAGCAGGAGAUACUGAAUGCAGUGACAGCUCUUAAAAAAAAAAUUCAACAACGAGAGGAAAAGAUUGGUGACAUUAACAGCAGGCUACAAAAUAAGCUGGAAGAGCUGACUUCUUUGAUGGACAAAAAAUCUAAAAUGGAUGAUCACUGUAACAGACACUGA